AUGGAAAACUAUAUGUUUAAGUUUAAGUUGGAGCAACCAGAGUCUACCAAAGAAAAUGAUAACAAGAAGUGUGUAUUCAAUGAUGAGGAAAUUGAAAUAAUAAAUGAUAACCCAAGAGAUCACGUUUCGGUUGAUUAUGGCUUAAAUAUUUUGUUCGAAGUGAUUGAAAAUGAAAAUAAUUAUAUUAGUAGUAUUAGUAGUAGUAGUAGUGGUGGUAGUAGUAGUAGUAGUAAAUCUAUUUGUAGAAGUAAGAAGUUACUAAGAACUCUUGACUGUAAUACUACAGAAAGAGAUGAUGAAUAUUUGGAUAAGGUAUUCGAAUUGGAGUUGUGCUUUGAUGGUGAUAUAUUUGAAGAAGACUAUAGGAGAUUUAAAAGAGAAGAAGAGAGAAUUAAACAAAAGAAAAGGAAGAUACAGCAAGAUAGGAAACAGGAUAAGCAACAAGACAAGAAACAAGAUAAACAGCAAGAUAAGAAACAAGAUAAGAAGAUACAAUAUAAGAAGCAAAACAAGAAACAAGAUAAACAACAAAACAAGAAACAAGAUAAGAAACAAGACAAGAAACAAGAUAAGAAGAUACAAUAUAAGAAUGUUGGUGUUCAGUUGUCUACCGUCGAUUGCUUGCCUACUCAUUGCUCUGCUUCUGCUGCUGCUACAGUCACGCUGGCGAUGUCGGGUGAUGGCGUUGUGCAUUCACUAUAUGCCACCUAG